AUGGGCAGCGUGCGAACCAACCGCUACAGCAUCGUGUCUUCGGAGGAGGACGGCAUGAAGCUGUCCACCAUGGCCGUGGCCAACGGCUUCGGCAACGGCAAGGGCAAGGUCCACACCCGGCAGCAGUGCCGGAGCCGCUUCGUCAAGAAGGACGGGCACUGCAACGUCCAGUUCAUCAACGUGGGCGAGAAGGGGCAGCGCUACCUGGCCGAUAUCUUCACCACGUGCGUGGACAUCCGCUGGAGGUGGAUGCUGGUGAUCUUCUGCCUGACUUUCAUCCUCUCCUGGCUUUUUUUUGGCUGUGUGUUUUGGUUGAUUGCGCUGUUGCACGGGGAUCUGGAGAACCAAGAGAACAGCAAGCCUUGCGUGUCUCAGGUGAGCAGCUUCACCGCAGCCUUCCUGUUCUCCAUCGAGACCCAGACCACGAUCGGCUACGGCUUCAGGUGUGUCACCGACGAGUGUCCCAUCGCCGUGUUCAUGGUGGUUUUCCAGUCCAUCGUGGGCUGCAUCAUUGAUGCCUUCAUCAUUGGUGCCGUCAUGGCAAAGAUGGCGAAGCCAAAAAAGAGGAACGAAACUCUGGUCUUCAGCCACAAUGCCGUGGUGGCCAUGAGGGACGGGAAGCUGUGCCUGAUGUGGCGCGUGGGGAACCUGAGGAAAAGCCACCUGGUGGAGGCGCACGUGCGGGCGCAGCUCCUGAAAUCCAGGAUCACGUCGGAAGGGGAGUACAUCCCCCUGGAUCAAAUCGACAUCAACGUGGGCUUCGACAGCGGCAUCGACCGCAUCUUCCUGGUCUCCCCCAUUACAAUAGUGCACGAGAUAGACGAGGACAGCCCUCUGUAUGACCUGAGCAAACAGGACAUGGACAAUGCUGACUUUGAGAUCGUCGUCAUCUUGGAGGGCAUGGUGGAGGCCACCGCCAUGACCACCCAGUGCCGUAGCUCAUAUCUGGCCAACGAGAUCCUCUGGGGGCACCGCUACGAGCCCGUGCUCUUCGAAGAGAAGAACUACUACAAAGUGGACUACUCGAGGUUCCACAAAACGUACGAAGUGCCCAACACACCCAUCUGCAGUGCCAGGGACUUAGCGGAGAAGAAAUACAUCCUCUCCAACGCCAACUCCUUCUGCUACGAGAACGAGGUGGCCCUCAGCAGCAAGGAGGAGGACGAGAUCGACACGGGGGUGCCUGAGAGCAUGAGCACGGACACCCACCCGGACAUGGAGCACCACAACCAGGCGGGGGUGCCCCUGGAGCCGCGGCCGCUGCGGCGGGAGUCGGAGAUAUGACUGGCGGGCUCUGCCUCUCCCGCGUGGCUGGAAGGCAAAAUCCCCACCGUGUCCGUCGGGCAAGGGCUCGUUGACCUGAGAAGUUGGCCCGAAAGAGUUUGCAGACAACGGUACUGUGGAAGAGUGGCGUGAAGGCAGCAGACCCGAGGAACCCAGGCUGGUUUUAGGGCUGUCCUCAGAGGAGGGACGACAGGAAAUGAACUCUAAACACAAAGCACUAAACAUGUCUAAGUAUGAACA